GAAAACUAUUGGGUUCCAAUUUAUUUAUUUUUUCACAUCUUUACCACUCUUUUACCCUUUUACUUUCCUUCUUCAGAAAGCGUCCCAAUCCUUUCGUAUAUUACCCCUUUCUUUUUUUUUCCAUUUCAAACAAACAAUACGCAAUGCGUACUUCGCGAGGCUUGCGCAUCACCUCUCUGAUAGUUGUCUCACCGGUGAUCCUCAUUCUUAUUUCGCUGGUCGUCAUUCUUGCCAUUGCUGUGCAGUCUCAGGUGAAAGCUUGGUAUUUUGCCGCCGUCUCGACCCUGCCACAACACCAGCCAUUCUUUUCCGAACCCUCCUCCUCACAGCAUCAUCACCCAUUUUUAAAUGCUCGUUCCCUAUCGAGGCUGGCUUCGACUGCGUUCGUCUUUUCAUACAACCAUCCGACGACCCACCAGCUAUCGUCCUCAGCCAGCAAUAGCCUCGAUAGCAACCGCUUCGACACGCCCAAAGCGACGGUAGCGACGACCAGACGCAUUCUGCCACGUUUAAAGAGGCUCUUGUCGUCGUCGACAUGGAUAGGGGUACUGACAGUUUUUGCCUUCAUUACGCUGCAGAAGGUCCCUUUACACCAGCCUCUCAAGUCGAUCGCUUCAUGCAUUACUUCGCCUGCCGGCAACGACAGCGACCGUGCUGUCGAUCAAACCCACUUGUCACCGAAGCCUUCGUCAGCAGCACAACAUGGCAAUAGCAAUAAGCGACGAAAGAAGACGAAACGUGCCACUGCUGCUGCCACUGCUGCUAUGCGUCAGUCUAAACUCAUUUCUGCAUCCGCAGCACAGCCCGCAGCACAGCACAAUCAACAAACACAACAAACAACCACAGCAGCACCACUAGCGACUGAUCAUAUGGGUUGCACUGAAGAUGCUACGUUAAUCAACCCUGUGCUACGACAGCCGACAGCACCACCAGCUCCUAUAGCACCAUCCUCACCGCCGACUUUGGAAUCGCACGACGACGAUCAGUUGUCGAUCGAGUCGUCGUCUGACGAUGACGAGAGCAAGUGGAUCAAUGUUGGUGGCAAAAAGACUAAACGUUCCUCCAGCAUCAAAGUUGAGGCCAUUGCUGUAGCAUCUGCUGCCACUAUGAAUGCCCAUGCAGCUACCUCUGCUUCUGCUACAUUGAUGACUACCAACAUGGGCACAGUCCGUGGAACCGAGUCAAUGGCCGAGGAAGAAGAAGAAGAAGAAGUUAUUGUUAGGGAUGAUGACGAUGACACUGUUACUACCAGCAGCGCUACCGAAGAUGAGGUCCAAAGCAUUACCGAGACCCCGGUGAUGGAGAAGCCGCGGAUCCAGAGCUGGUACUCUCCGUUCUCGACGGGCCUUGACCUCGACAUCAUGCCCAAAGGUAGCGAUCUCCUGCUGAACAAGCCGCUGGCCCCACCGAUGAACGGUGAUCUGUUUUUCCGUCAUCACCAACUCGAACAGUGGAGAAGCCAGCAAGAAUACCCGGUGAUGAUGACGACGACUACGACGUCGUCGACUAUGAUGCACCACCACCCAUCACCACGCCGUGCUGAGCAGCCCUUCACCUUCUUUGACCACAACUCGUAUUGACCAAAGCUGUUGUAGGUUUUAUUUGUAAAGUCCCCCUCUCUUUCUUUCUCUCACUCUUCGUGUCUGUACAGUCUCUCUCACUCUUUCCUAGUUUUUUUUUCUUGUUGUUACAUAAUCCAUCCACUCGUAUAUUUUCUUCUUUCCCCGCUCCACCCCACGCAUACUCUCUCUCUCUCUCUCUCUCUCUUUGGGAACACCAAGAAAAAAUAAAUUCGCCGUGUCUAACCUUAGUAUGCUCCCCCAUG